CUACACACAAACACGCACAUAAUAAAUUUUUUUCUCCGGCCACCGCAACAGGCGGAGCAAGAAUAAAAUAUCUAACUUAGCAACAAGUCGAUUGCUGGCGGCAUUUGAUCAUACUCAGGUCCCAGAUGGAAGUCGGCCAGAAAAUUGUCCACGGGGAGGAGCUUGGCCUGAAAACCGAACUCUGCCUAGGCCUGCCAGGUGGCGGAGUAGACGAGACGACGGUCAAGAUGGCGGCUAAUCUGAAGAGAGGGUUCUCGGAGACCGUCGAUUUGAAGCUCAAGCUUCAUCGCGAUUCAGAUGAACCUUCGUUAGCUGCUGAUUCCGACCCAAAAGAAGACGGUGCUAAUAUGAAAAGUUGUUCAAAAGAGAAUAAUAAUAAUAACAAAGCUAUGGUUAUGAAACCACCUGCCAAGGCACAAGUGGUUGGGUGGCCACCUGUCCGUUCUUUCCGGAAGAACAUAAUAGCUGAUCAUCAAAAGAGCAACAACACUAACUCAGCUCCUGAAAAAGCUGCCGCGUUUGUGAAGGUGUCAAUGGACGGCGCCCCUUUUCUCCGUAAAGUCGACCUGAAAAUGUACGAGUCUUAUCAACAACUAUCGGAUGCCUUAGCCAAAAUGUUCAGCUCCUUCACAAUGGGAAAUUAUGGUACACAAGGGAUGAUAGAUUUCAUGAACGAAAGCAAAUUAAUGGAUCUUUUGAACAGUUCAGAAUAUGUGCCCACUUAUGAAGAUAAGGAUGGGGACUGGAUGCUCNAUUUCUACUUAUAA